AUGGCCGAAGCAAUGAGACAAACGGUUGCGUCGCUUUUGCAGGGCAUCGAAAGAUACAAUCCCCAACAUUUGUCUACACUUGAACACUACGUGGAAGUACAGUCCCAAGAGAAUACGUACGAUCUAGAAGCGAACCUUGCAGUACUCAAAAUAUAUCAAUUUCAUCACGAUUAUAACUUGGAUAUCACUGUACAAAUCAUGCUGAAAGCGAUCACCAACUUUCCUCAUUCCGAUUUCGUUCUGUGCAAAUGUCUAUUGAAUGAAAAAUUGUGUCAAGAAGCUCCACUAAGCCAAGUAUUGUUCUUGGCUGAUCUAUUGGAAAACUGCAACUUCAAAGAAUUUUGGUAUAAUGUUCAUUCCACACCUGAACUUUAUGCUAAAGUCAAUGGGUUUUUAGAUUCUGUGCGCAAGUUUGUGUGCCAUGUGAUUGGCAUAACAUUUCAGUCUAUUGAAAAACAUAAUCUCAUGGAAUUACUGGGAGGUGUUGAUGAUGCUGCUUUAAAACAUUGGAUACUAAAAUACAAUUGGAAGGAACUGGAUAACAAAUACAUAUUUGUAGCAAAUCAAGACGAAAAUAUCAAAACAAAAAAUAUUACUGAAAAGAUUGAUUAUGAAAAUAUUUUGGGUGUUAUGGCAAGUUGUCGUUAA